AAUUUAUUAAAUACGGAUAUUGAAUGUGUUAUACAGGUUUAGUACGAAAAUGGAAAAAAUGAAAUGACUUGAUAAUAAUACAAAUAUGGAAGUUUUAAAUGGAUAAAAUACGUAAAGGUACAUAUACGUGUAUUAAGCGGAGUAUUUACUAACUAUAUUUUGAUCUCCCUUCGUUUCUCAUCCGCUGACAUAUUCUAAUCAGAGACCCUAAUGCGAUGGACAAUUUUUACUAAUAUGAAGUCAAAAGAUAUGAGAAUUCGCUUUGCCACUUAAUUAGUCCCACCAGAAUUUGCUUUCCUCUAGUUCGUAGAACUUCUCUGUCAAAGAACUCAUUUGCAGAGUCGUAGUAGAUCGUAACGUAGUCGUGCGGAGCUCUCCAGAGAAACCUCCAUAAGGAUAAGAGGUAUCGUGAUUUAGAAUUCCUCGUUUCACGUCGAACACUCUCAUUCGAACGUUGUCUGGAGAGGCGUGAAAUAGGCUGUGUGUGUUAGUUCUUUGCUCCCCACGGUUUGCUACAAACGAGCCAUCUAUUACUAGCCGUUCAAAUCCGUGUUUGUAUCUACUUCCUUUCUUAACUGAUGGGAACAAUUCAAAACGUUAGGCUCUGUUUUGCCAUUUCUAUACAGAGUUUUUGCUGCGUUUAGGUAUUGUCACGGUUUGUUCAAUUCCUCUCGGUUAUCUAGAGUUAGGUUGAUUUCUAUACCUCUCCUAGGACAUCAUUUGCGACAUGGAGCAGAACUCAAAUGAAAGAAGAAAUCCAAAAGCAUGCAAGUAUUUAGUUUAUCCAUCCCACAAACAGUAAGACAAACCAAUAUAUUUACUAGUCCUUCUAACUCGUGUUUAAUUUGUAUCUCCUUCCUUUCCUAACUGAUGAGUUAGGCUCCAUUGUUGAUGGGAACGUACAAUUGAAACGCGUUAGGCUCUGUUUUACCAUUUUCUAUACAGAGUUGUGGCUGUGUUUAGGUAUUGUCCAUGUUUGUAUAUAUGUAUCUAUGGACUUCAAUCUAUGCCUUUGCUUGCAUCAAAAUGAACGAUACUAGUAUUUCAAGGCAAAGAAACCCUAAGUCCAGCUUAAUUAAUGCAUCCCCACUGAACUAAUCUCUUCUCUUCUCUUCUGCAGUAAGGUAAGGUAAGAUCAGGACUCCAAACUUGCUUGCCAAUGCAUCCACUAGCCUAUAAAAACCCCCCAAGCCAUUUGCUCCAUAACAUCACUCACUCACUCACUCACAUUUGCUCUUUCAUUCUCCUCACUCACCUUGCUUCCUCACUGAUCAAUCCUCUUCUCUUCUCUCGUCCUCUGCUUCACUUCAUAUCUCUCGACAAAACCCUCUCUUCUUUCCCCUGUUCCGAUGGCCAAGAUGCCUACUCCGACCGCUUGCUUGCUUCCGCUGCUUCCCUUCCUUCUCCUACUUGCCAACUUCCCUCCGGCGAGGCCACAGCUGCUCAGAGAGUGCGGCUUCUCUGCUCUAUACAACUUCGGUGACUCGAUGUCGGACACAGGCAAUGCCCUAGUCCAGUUCGACUUCGCGGGCUCGGGGCAGCACCCCUACGGGAUGUCUGUCGGAGACGAGAAGCCAACCGGGAGGUUCUCCGACGGGUACCUCCUGAUCGACCACAUCGCGGAGUCUGCCGGGUUACCCCAUUGUAACCCGUACCUGAGGAAAGAUCUCGACCACUCGAAAGGCGCCAACUUCGCCGUAGCUGGAGUCGGCCUCCUGUCCAAGGCUCAGCGGGACAAGUUCGGCAUACACUUCAAAUAUUCUCAAAGUGGUCUCGACCAGCAACUCCAAUGGUUCGUCAACUUUUCAAAGGAGGCCUUCCCCGAUGAAUCAGCCCGCAAGGCCAACUACGGGUCGGCCCUCUUUGUGCUCGGAGGUGGAGGGAACGACUAUGGUGGUUAUAAGAAAACACCCGAGGAGAGGAUGACGAUCAUCCCCUACGUGAUUGCGGCUCUCAAAGACCGAAUCAAGACCGUGAUACGCCAUGGGGCGAGGAGGAUAGUGGCCAUGGGGGUAUACCAAGGAGGCUGCUUUUCGGGGUUCAACGAGACGUGGCUGAAACACGAUCAAGGCCCCAUCGUCUGCGACAAAGAGUGGAAUUCCCACCUCGACCUCCACAACAAAGAGGUUCAGCUGAUGGUUGGUGACUUGCAAAGGGAGUUCCCCCACAUCCACAUCGCUUACGGCGAUGUUUGGGAUGGGGUGCAGUGGAUGUUCGACCACUACCACUCUCUAGGGCUGAAGCACAACAGCUACCGGCGGUGCUGUGGAAUCAAGGAUCACGAAGAGUGUGGACAACCCGAUGUUCCAUAUUGCAAGGAUCCAUGGAAUUACAUCUGGUUUGACAAUUUCCACUUCACCGGCCAUGCCUACCAGCUUAUUGCGAGGAAGGUCAUACCCUGGAUCCAUCACGAUUUGGACUGUGCCAACCCCAACUCCACAGGCUUGAAAUCGGAUGCGGCGGGUAGAAUCCGGCAGCAGCAGCUCUGGUCAUUGCCAUUUGCUCUUAGUUUCUUUGUUCUAGUUUAAGUUGGACUUCUAAGUAGUUGUGUUGUUGGGUUGUAAUGAACUAAUGGAUUGUAGUUGUCUUGUUGGUAGUGGCCUAAAUGGAUAUGGUGGCUUCUUUAUUUCCAAUGUAAGGACCAAUAUGGUCCCAUUUCAGAAAAUGUCGGAUGAUGCUCAAACAUCAACAAUAUUAUUAUAGUUAGGCAAUGCUAGAUUUGCAUCCAAAAGCUUUCAAAUAGCAACAACAACAUGUAACUAGAUUUUCUCAAAGCAUUUGAGCUUAAGUUCAUUAUAGGUGUAGGCGCGGGUGACAAACAUAUUGUACUUGGCACGACCGAAGCGGUUGGAUGCAGUAAUAUCGAAACUGACAAAAUCCAUCUCAGGAUCUGCACUGUAAUAAGCACCACCGUCAAUGCUUACUAGCUUCAAUUGGUGAACCCUCGAGAGCGCCUUAUUGUGCUCCCCCAACCCAAACUCGACCAUAUAUUGCACCUCCCGCAGUAUCUUGACAGAGACCGGAACAGGUGGACCGAUACCUUUUGCGACACACGGUGACGACACAACCAUCUUCACGGAUAGAAGGACGCUUACCAUGACGAUGAGCGCCGCCGUUAAACUUGACCGGUUUGUCAUUUUUUAGAUUCUGCCCUUUUUGUCUGAGUGCUAUUCUUGCCUCGUAAAAAUAUCUCUGGUUUUUUUUUUGGUUGCUUUUCUUAUUGAGAGAAAGUGUGUUAGAGCUUAGUAUUUAUAAGCAUAAUUACUUCUCUAUCUUGACUAACGUCUUCUCUUUAGAAACUUACAAAAAAUAUAUAUGUGCCGUUCUUGUAUGAAUUUUUUUAGUAGUUUAUUAUAUGAAAUGUGUUCUCGUUGAGAUAAAAAAUAUUUGAUCAAUCAACAACGUUUAUCAUAAUUGAUAUGUUAUCCUAAUUGUUACUAAAUGUGCCUAAUAAAACGGACAUACGUUCAAGUUAAAAUAACUUAAUGGAAAACGACUAUAUAUAUUCUGUAAAGAAAGUAAUGGAGACCAACGACGCCGUCAAUAGUUCUAUACAUGUAUUUAACACAAGCUCACUUAUAUUCACAUGAGAUGUUCCUAUAUUAAUUGAUGAUUUCUCAUAUUGAAUUUUAUUAUUACUUACUGUUACCGUUUAAUGUUUAUAUAAAUAGUACGAUCAUCAACAUUAGCAACUAAUUGAAUGUGAUAGAUGUUUAAUUAAUACAGCUAAUUAAAUGUU